GACCUUAAACCGCUGGAUAUGUUGCCCGCUUCUGGAUAUAUUGCAUUGAAUCGCGUUGGAGUAAUAUUCCCCCUCCCUGCAGAAAUCUGCCAGUAGUCCAGCACACUACCUGGCACAGGUCUGCCUUUAAUCGCUUUUGUAUAGCUCCUCAUUGCGAAAACGCUUGACCCCUAAAUUAGUAAAUACCUUUAAGGUCGUGUUUUUUUUUUUCUUCCCUUUUUUGAACGAAAAAUGUGAGUCCCUCUCCUCCCAUGAGGUGGCCAGGCUCGGUCUUUGGCAUCUGAAACAGCUGGGUCGUGUCGACAAGAUUGUGGAUUAAGGGUUUUUUUUUUCUUCUUUUUUUUUUCGACCUCUCCUCCAAGAAACCGUGCUCCCGUGGCCUUUAACCAAAAUGAGCGUCGACUUAAUUGAAUUAACCACAUGAUUAGGCUCUAAAGAAACGCAGACUCGCCAAAGAAUAGUUUUACAUAUCUGCUGAUUUAAACGGCGAAAAUAUGGAAAACGAGGUUUUCACUCCUUUGCUGGAGCAGUUUAUGCUCACGCCUCUGGUCUGCUGGGUGAAGACAGUCGGGACGCCGACUGUGACGGAUGGCAGCAAUUUAUCGGAAUAUAUUGAAUUAGUGGAUGGGAUUUACCUGAAUGAGAUCAUGCUUGAGAUAAAUCCUAAAGCAACUGUGCAGAGGACCAACAAAAAAGUGAACAAUGACCCCACCCUACGCAUCCAGAACCUUACUAUUCUCAUAAGGCAGAUUAAAGCCUACUAUCAGGAGAGUCUCCAGCAGCUGGUGAUGAUGGCUUUACCAAAUGUGUUGGUGCUGGGUCGAAAUCCUCUUUCUGAACAAGGUCUGGAGGAGAUGAGGAAACUGUUGCUGCUGGUACUAGGCUGUGCUGUCCAGUGUGAGAAAAAGGAAGAUUACAUUGAGCGUAUCCAGACUCUUGAUUUUGAUACCAAAGCCGCCAUAGCAUCUCACAUCCAAGAGGUGACUCAUAACCAGGAGAAUGUGAUGGACCUGCAGUGGUUUGAAAGUGGGGAAAUGCCUCCAGAGGAUCUGGACAGCUUGUCAAGAAACUUGGCUUUCCACCUCAAACGGCUGGUGGAUGAAAGAGACAUACAGCUGGAGAGUAUCGUGGAGCUAACCCAGGAGAGAGACUGUGUCCAACUGUCUCCGCUUGCUCCCUGUGUGACCCAGUCCCCUGGAGACUCCCCUAGUUUGAGGAGGACUGAAAGCAGACAGCACCUCUCUGUGGAGUUGGCUGAUGCCAAGGCCAAAAUCAGGCGCCUUCGACAGGAACUAGAGGAAAAAAGUGAGCAGCUUCUGGACACAAGGCAAGAGCUGGAGAACAUUGAAGUGGAGCUAAAAAGACUACAGCAAGAUAACUAUCAGCUGCUGUCAGACGCUCGGUCGGCCCGGGCCUACCGUGAUGAGCUGGACGCACUCAGAGAGAAAGCCAUACGUGUCGACAAACUGGAGAGUGAUCUCAGCCGAUACAAGGAGAGACUUCACGAUAUUGAGUUUUACAAGGCCAGAAUUGAGGAGCUGAAAGAGGACAAUCAGAUUCUGCUGGAGACAAAGUCUAUGCUGGAGGAGCAGCUGGAUGCUAGCAGGACACGAUCUGAUAAACUUCACCUCCUGGAGAAAGAGAAUCUGCAGCUUAAAUCCAAGAUGCAUGACCUGGAGAUGGAGAGGGACCUAGAUCGUAAGCGUAUGGAGGAACUUUUGGAAGAGAAUCUUGUUUUGGAAAUGGCCCAGAAGCAGAGCAUGGAUGAGUCCCUGCAUCUGGGCUGGGAACUGGAGCAGCUGGCAAAGACACCCGAGCACACUGAGGUCCCCCAGAAAUCUCUGGGUGAGGAGGUGAAUGAGUUGACCUCGAGUCGCCUACUGAAACUGGAGAAAGACAAUCAGGCCCUGCUGAAGACGGUGGAGGAGCUCAGAGGAGCAGCCAGUCAGGACACCAUUGCAAAACUGGCCAAAGUCAACAACGAAAAACAGAAACUGAACCAGAAAUUGGAGCAACUAGAGGUUGCAUUGUCAUCGGACAGAGAGUCGCUCCGCAGCGCUGAAUCACUCAGUACGGACCUGAUGAAGGAGAAGGCUUUACUAGAACAGACUCUGGAAACACUCAGAGAAAACUCAGAAAGACAGCUGAAGGGUCUGGAGCAGGAGAACAAGCACCUGAGCCAAACUGUGUCAUCCCUUCGUCAGCGCUGCCAGGUUGGAGCUGAGGCUCGGGUCAAGGAUGUGGAGAAAGAGAAUCGUGUUCUUCACGAGUCAAUCUGUGAGACAACGGCCAAACUGAAUAAGAUGGAGUUUGAAAGGAAGCAUCUACGUAAGGAGCUUGAAGUGAUGAAGGAGAAAGGUGAGAGAGCAGAGGAAAUUGAGAUUCAGGUACAAAAGCUGGAAAGAGAAAAUGAAAGCCUGCAGAAGAAAGUAGCCAGUCUUGGAAUUACUUGCGAAAAGGUGUUGUCUUUGGAGAAAGAGAACAAUGACCUAGAGGCAGAGGCCCGUCGUCUCAAGAAGAAGCUGGAUGGUCUGAAGACUAUGGCCUUCCAGCUGGAGGCUUUGGAAAAGGAGACUUCCCAGCUGGAGCAGGAAAACUUUGAGCUUCGGCGCUCAGCUGAGAGUCUCCGGUCAGCGGGGGCCAAGGCCACUCAGCUGGAAGCCGAAAACAGGGAGCUGGAGAGUGAGAGGAGUCAGCUGAAGCGCAGCCUAGAGCUACUCAAAGCCUCGUCUAAGAAGACUGAGAGAUUAGAGGUGAGCUACCAAGGCCUAGAUACAGAGAACCAGCGUUUACAGAAGGCGUUGGAGAAUAGCAGCAAGAAGAUUCAGCAUUUGGAGGCUGAGCUGCAAGAGAUGGAAACCGAGAAUCAGACUCUCCAACGUAAUCUGGAGGAGCUGAAGAUCUCCAGUAAACGUCUCGAGCAGCUUGAGCAGGAGAACAAAACUCUAGAGCAGGAAACCUCUCAGCUAGAGAAAGACAAAAAGCUGUUGGAGAAGGAGAACAAGCGGCUGAGGCAGCAAGCUGAGAUCCGUGACUCCAAGCUGGAUGACGGCAACCAACGAAUCUCUGCAUUAGAGAAAGAGAACCGAACCAUGGGCAAGGAAAUGAUCUUCUUCAGAGACUCCUGCACGAGAGUCAAAGACCUGGAGAAAGAGAAUAAGGAGCUGGCCAAACUGGCCAAUAUCGAUAAGAAGACCCUGAUGACUCUCAGAGAGGAACUUGUGAGUGAGAAGCUGCGUACUCAGCAGAUGAAUAAUGAUCUAGAGAAACUGACUCAUGAGCUGGAGAAGAUUGGACUGAACAAAGAGAGACUUCUUCAUGAUGAGAGCUCGGAUGACAGGUUUAGGCUGCUAGAAACCAAACUCGAGUCGACUCUGAAAUCAUCUCUGGAGAUUAAAGAGGAAAAAAUUGCUGCUCUAGAGGCCAGACUGCAGGAGUCCUCCAAUCUCAACCAGCAACUUCGCCAGGAGUUGAAGACGGUGAAGAAAAACUAUGAGGCACUCCGUCAGAGAGAGGAGGAGGAGAGGAUGGUGCAGAGCUCCCCCCCUAAAGGAGGAGAAGGCCCUCAGACUGUGAGUAAAUGGGAGAAAGAGAGCCAUGAAACGACCAGGGAACUGCUGAAAGUCAAAGACAGACUCAUCGAGGUGGAAAGAAAUAAUGCCACACUGCAGGCAGAGAAGGUGGCACUGAGGAGCCAACUCAAACAGCUGGAAACCCAAAGCUCCAACUUGCAGGCUCAGAUAGUCGCCCUGCACAGGCAGACUGCUUCAUUACAGGAGAACAACACAACUCUACAGACGCAGAAUGCCAAGUUGCAGGUGGAGAACUCCACCCUGAGUUCACAGGGUGCGUCCCUCAUGGCCCAAAAUGCCCAGCUGCAAACUCAGCAGAGCAGCAUAGAGGGAGAGAGAGAGGGAGCACUGAAAGAGAAGGAAGAGCUGAGAGCAACUUAUGAGUUGCUGCUCCGAGAUCACGAGAAGUUGGCUGCGCUCCAUGAGAGACAGGCUGUUGAGUACGAAGGCCUGAUUGGGAAGCAUCGUGGCCUGAAGACGUCCCACAAGAGCCUGGAGCAGCAGCACAAGGACUUGGAGGACAAGUACAAACAGCUCUUGCAAAGAAAGGGGGAACUGGAUGAGCUGGAGAAAAAUCUGAAAGAACAACAGGAAAAGAUGGCCCUUGAGAACCAGACCCAUCAAGCGACAGCUGACCAGUGUAAACUCCUCAAAGAGGAAAAUGAAAGACUGAACACUACCUAUCGUCAGCUGCUGAAAGACAAUGAGAAUCUCCAGCUGGACCAUAAGAAUGUAAAGACUCAGUUGAACAGUGCCAAGCUGGAGCAGACCAAGCUGGAGGCUGAGUUCUCCAAACUAAAGGAACAAUAUCAGCAGCUGGACAUCACCUCCACCAAGCUCACCAACCAGUGUGAGCUGUUGAGCCAGCUGAAGGGAAACUUGGAGGAGGAGAACCGUCACUUGUUGGACCAAAUCCAGACCCUGAUGCUACAAAAUCGCACACUUCUGGAGCAGACGAUGGAGAGCAAGGACCUGUUCCAUGUAGAGCAAAGACAAUACAUAGACAAGCUGAAUGAGCUGAGAAGACAAAAGGAGAAACUGGAGGAGAAGAUCAUGGACCAAUACAAAUUUUACGACCCUUCACCUCCACGCAGGCGUGGUAACUGGAUCACACUGAAGAUGAAGAAGCUGAUCAAGCCAAAGAGUCGAGAGAGGAUGCGUUCCCUCACAAUGACUCCAUCUCGUUCAGAGUAUGGAGAUGCGUUUUUGACACUUCCUCAGGACAGCCAGGAUAGUUCAUCCAUAGGCUCUGGCUCCAACUCGCUAGAUGACGGGCUCACACAGAAGAGGAGCAGCAGGAGGAGAGGGCAGCAGUCCCAUGCCCAAGUACAGGGUUCCUCCAAUGCUAUAAAAAGGUUGCCUUUCAUGAGGAACAGAUCCAAGGACAAAGACAAGGCCAAGGCCAUCUACCGGCGCUCCAUGUCCAUGAAUGAUUUGCUGCAGACCAUGGCAGUGGCGGGCAUUCCCGGGGUACAGUGGACAGGCAGCACAGAAAAUCUAGAUGGUCCUGAAGCCGGAGAACCUGGCAUGAUGGCCAGCAGCCGGCGCCGCGGUCAGCGCAUGAAGGAACUCGCCUUUUCCACCAAUGCCAUUGACUGUGCUGUUCUGACGCUGCCCACCUCGGGCCACAGCAGGGCCAAGCACCGGCUUCAGGCCAAAGCAACUGCCUCUUGUGAGGAUGUCACCGGCCACCCAGAAGAACCCAAGAAUCAAGUUUCCAGACCCACCAGUCUCCAUAGCAACAGGACCAUCAGUAGCAAUAGUAACAAUAACUCGCACCUCACUUCUCCUCUGGAGGGCAAAGGCACUUUGAACGGCAGCCUGAGCCGGCCUCACAGCGAGAGUAGUGGAGAGUUCAGCCUGAGCCUGGACCAGGAGGUGUGGUCGAGCAGCGGCAGCAGCCCCGUGCAGCAGCCCUGCUCCUCCCGCUCCUCCCACCAGAGCCCCCUGCAGCUGCGCCGGUCCCUGGAGCCGGCCGGCCCCGCAGGCCCCCCCGGACAGGCUCAGACCAGGAAGAUGGGGUCCCCCAGCGAGGUGCUUUCCUUACAGCAGUUCCUGGACGAGGGGAUUGAUCCUGCAGAGUCCGGCAGUCAGGAGAACCUCACCGUAGACUCUCCUCGCCUCUCCACCUCUGCUGAGCAUGCCCCGAAAGGCCGCGCCUCCACCAAGAGCCGGGGCAUUUUACGCUCAUCCAGUGGGAAAGCAGCCCCAUCCGGCUCCGACCGGGCCCUGAGGUCUUCCGGACAACCAGGGCGGCCAACCCUGCGAAAGGCUGAGAGCACCCGGGUGAAAGGCUCGGUUUCGCUCCGCUCCAGUUUGUCCUUACAGGGCAAAGCGAUGUCAGUCUCCGAACGCCUGGACUCGGCCUCCGCCACGCUGCCCCGGGCCAGCAGCGUCAUCUCCACCGCCGAGGGCACCACGCGGCGCACCAGCAUCCACGACAUGCUGUCCAAGGAUCAGAGACAGCCAGUGUCGGUUGAUUCCUCUCCUGCUCCUCCCGAGGCUGGAGUAAACUCCCAGCCCACACCCAGUGAGUACCACCCCAACACAGCCCACCCUAAAGGACCCGUUACCUCCCCUCUGCCCAAGUCACUCAGUUUACCCAGCCAUAGCUUGGACGAGUCCGACCUCUCCACCCUGGAGUCCUUUCUCGGCCCCUCCUUCACUGUAGAGUCCGUGUUCAUGGACUCCAUCUUUAGUGAGUCAGCAGGAAACGGCCUCCCGUUCUUGUCUCUGAACCCAACCCUUGUAAGCAAUAUCAGUGGGCCCCCCGUUACAAAUAAGACUCCCGGCCCUCCCGUUCUCAACCACGAUCAGAGCCAGAGCUCUCAGAGCCAGCCCGAUGGCCAGAAAGAGCAGAAUGAUGGUGUUGAGCCCGGUCAGAAUGAUUCAGAGCAGGCGCCGGGCCCAGAGGAUAACCAGUCUCUGUGGUAUGAGUACGGCUGCGUGUGAUUCACACACGGGGUCCCAGCUUGCUGACUUUGAUUAGACUAAAGCGGCGAGUGAAAGAACGGACAAGGGGCAAAUCUUUCUUUUCUGCAUGCUUUUUUUUUUUUUUCCUUAAUCAGAUCUAUUGAGUUGUGUUUUGAUCUUUUUUUUUUUUGCAUUGUACUAAAUGGUGACUUAUGUUUUUGAGUUUUCUGUUAUUGGGUUGGGACUUUGAUGAAUUCUCCUCCGUCCAACAGUCUUUGACAUGUUAUGUUUUCCUCAUCAGAUUGUUUUACUGACUACACUAUUAUCUGCUAUACAGCACUCCAGAUUGUGACCAUUUCUAUUAUUAUUAUUAUUAUUGUUUUAUUUUUUUUUUACAAGACAGUGCAGCUUUAUUUUCAAACUAAGGGCACAGCUAUGAUUUAGAAAUGCAUUUGCCUGUUUUUUGUUAAUAUUUUUUCACAUCCAAUGAAAAGCAGGGGACUAGUAAAGAGGAAAUAUUAAAUAGAUGCAGGAAGCACUGAAAUUGUUAUAUAAUUCAGCACAUCCUAUUGCACUGUGACGGACCAUCUGCCGUUCACUAACAACUUUAGGGAUCACACAAAUGUAAUUGUUCAGACAGUGAGCAAUUAAUGUUCAUUGAAUUGGUGUGUUCUGGCAAAUAACGCAAUGCUUUUUUGUUUUUAUAUAUAUAUUUUUAUUUGACUGCAUUACUGAAAUGUUUUGUAAUGAGCAGUGUACAGAAACACCAGACUGUUUUUAUUUUAGCUAUUAAGGGAUCAUAAAUGCUGGUGUCCAUUUAAUCAUCUCUUUUAGAAUAAUAUUGAAAUAUAUAUUUUCCCUUAAAACUAAAUUUUUCAUUCAAAGUAAAAAAGCACUUCAGUAUUUCUUAAGAAGUUUUGGUAAUAAACCUAUUUUUGAGAAAAAAACAGAGCCCUGUUUGAGUGGGCUCUGCAACAGGGGUAUAUUUAAGUCUUACUUUUAAAAUUGAAGAAUUGAAUUGCACAGACGGCCAUAACUUCAGGUUGAAGGGAAUGUUAGUAAAGUCAGAUAACGCCAACGGUGAGAUUCACUAAGGCCAUUUUGUCAAACCGAAGUCUUCCAGGGUGUCGGAUAAUAGAUUUAAUUUCCCACUUUAUUGUGAUGUUUUGUUUCACUUUUAACUUGGUUGCAAUGUUCACUGCAUGGCUUUGCCCUCGUCUGGCCUGAAACUCUCAUUUUGAUCUUUGAUCAAAAUAAUUCUUGUUUAUCUUGUUUUUGCUUUGGCUGGUGUGUACAGUUUCAGUUUUUGUUGUGUGUGUUCAUUUUAACCUCCCUUUUUAUUUAUUCACAUAAAGUGGAGCAUUUCCUGGGUGGCUGGUGGGUUGUGAUCUUGAUGGAUCUUUACUGACCUCUGAAGCUGGUGGCUAAAUUAUGAUGCUUCAUUCCCAUAGACGAUCAUAAGGAUUAUGUUUGUUUUUUUUGUUUAAUCUUUUUGACGGCUCAAUCAAAUGGUUAUGGACGUGGAAUAAAGUAUAAACAUGGAAAUUAAAUAUUAGUUUUAGGCAGCUUUUGGUAGCUAUUGAACUACAGGAGGAAUAUCGCAAGUUGUUGUUUUUUUGUCAAAGUUCUUCCUGAUGCACCACUUGCAUUGUACCAUAGUUGAUGUCAUGCUUCAGAUUAGCCACAUCUUGUACAGACUUGAAAUGUAAGUUAAAAUCAAAGACAAGCACUAACUAUUGUGCCAAACCUAGUAAAACUGCAUUUCGAUCCUUAUUUAUUUCUCCUUUUGUUUCCUGUAAUGGCUAUUUUUAAACUUGCUUUAUUGUAUUUAUCUUUCUCCGCAAUAUAUGAAGGUUUAACGUGAAUGAAAGUGUUCCUGUCACUGUGCAGAUGUAACAGAAAUUGCCUUUGUCCUACAGAUGUGGAGGGCAGAAAGUCUAAAAGCAGGAGUGGGGAGCCGCAGCAAAGCUGCUAAGCCCUGCCCUUCCCACCCUCGUCUGUCUGCUACCAUGCUGCGAGCGUGUGGUGAGUGAGUGCUGCUCCAGUGGGAGGGAAAGGGGGUGGGACUACGGGCCAGUCUUGUCUCCAUGGGAACCUAAAAUGUGGUGUAACAGAUGUCUUCCAUCCUGCUGUGCACUUGCCUCCCCCGCUUCUCUCAGCUGUUGCCCCCCCCCCCUCCCCGCCCCGCUCACCGUCCCUGCGGUGCCAGACGCCGCUCAGACCCCGAUGGGAACCUGGUCUGCUCGGCAUAUGGGCCCGCUUACCAGGUUGCCUAUUUCUGUCCCCGACCUCCUCAAAAAGAGAGGCUCUGCAACUCCAGCAGCACGCAGUCUCCAUCGUGUUCCCCCUGCCGUUGAUGACGAUGAUAUGCGAGUGUGGUGUGUUUGUGAGUCGUGGUCCCUGCGCUACUGCUGCAUGGCUUUGGUGUAGCAAUGAAAUCCUUCCCCCUUAAGUGUUGAUCCAGGCUAACUACUUCCCUUUGUCUCAUGUCACAUCGUUGUUGAUGCAGUUUGACUUUCAGGCUUCUUCUUUCUCUCGUUGAUUGUCCUGUUUGUCUUCCUCUCUUCUAACGUGUCUUCUUUCUUAUUCUUUCCUUUGUCUUUUUGCUUGCGUGGGAUUCAGAUAGAAAGGUGGCCUUGGAGCUGUGUGUCUGAAGCUGAGUAGAGCUAAUCUGCUGAGACCGUCAACAGUGAGAAAAGAUUGUAUAUCCCAGUUUCGACUUUUUUUAUUCAUCCCAGGAUACUUCCGUGGAGAUAAGUUGCUUCCUUCUCCAUUUCUUUUCGUUUUUGUCUUUCCUUGAAUCAAGGAAACAUAAAAAUACUAAAAAAUGUUGUAUUGACAGGUUGUUGUUUUUUUUAAACCCUUAAAAAGUGCUGUGGCAGAUUGCACCGCCACACGAGCUUCAGUGUGGAAGACUGCUAAAUGUGCACUAGUCGCUGCGACUGAGAUCAAAGUGCCAAUGUUCACACAACAGUCAAAAUGGCAAUCUUAAACUAGACUAAAGACUCCUUGGAUCUACGCAACUUCAGAGUCGGAGGGACCUUCUUCUUUUGCCUGAUGCCAUGGUUGUUAAAACAAAUUGUAAAGAGGCAGAGCAUACAAAGACAACAUAAAGCAUGUCAGCACAAAACUACUUUUGGAUACUUCAUCAGACUGAGGAAUCACAAUCUGCAUGGAGCAAUCAAUCAGCCUGUCUUUCUACGUCCUUGAUCCAGUCAAAGUGGAUGCUGAUGUUCACGGGGAAUUUGAAUAGCCAAGAGGCCAGAUGCACAUGGACAUAAAGCCAUGACUGCUCAGUGAUUGGUGUGUGUGGCCUGCCAAUCACGGGUGAAGGGAGUGUGAUCUUAGUGAGACUGACGACGGGACUGUUCCAGGUCACCUAUAAGAGUUCAGCUGUGGUUCAUGUCACCCCGGAGAAAAACCUCAUACUGUUGUUGUUCACUGAAAUCAUAUUUCAACAUGCAUUAUCAGCCAAAUAGUUCUGGAUCAUUUAGUUUAUUGUUUCCUGUUCUGAUGUAGAAGUAACAGUAAACACACCGUGCGUUGUCGUAUAACUACUUCUGAGAAGGCACUUUUGUAAGAUAUGGUUUAUAAGUCUGACUGGAGUAUAGGUGACCUGUAACCUGCCCGCUAACUAGAAAACGUACAGAUUCCUGUUGUAUUGAACAUAUUGGUGAUAAGACCCAGUGUUUUUUCUCCUUUUCCACUUUUACAUGAGUCAAUUUGAUGUAAUUAAAAUUCAUCAACACUACAGUGUCGUCUUUUUAUU